CCGUCCUUGCGGCGGCGGCGGCCGUCCACGUUGUGUCGUGGGCGCUGCAGUUCUUCGGCCACUUCCACUACGAGCACCGCAGCCCCGCCGUGCUGGACAACCCGGUCCAGCCCCUCGUGUUGGCACCCUACUUGGUGCUCUUCGACUGCGGAACAUGACAUGAAUGCAGGGUGGUUUUCCUCACCAGGUGGCUCUGGGAGGCAAAUUGGCCACGUAGUGUUCUUGUGGCGGAUUUGUACUUGUGUAGAUGCAACCGUGUAUACACCGCAAUGGGCUUCGAAGUGUUCAACCGCAUCGUCGUGGUGUCCGGGGCGUCGCAGGGCCUCGGACGGUCGCUCGCAGACAAGCUGCACGCCCGCGGCGCCAACCUCGUGGUGCUGGCACGGUCAAAGGACAGGCUCGAGCAGCUGGCAGCACAGCACGAGCAGGACAAGCGGCACGCAGACCAGUUCACGCUUGCGUACGCAGUGGACCUCUCGGACGCGGGGCAGGUGGAGCAGCUGCGGGGGUUUCUGCGCAAGGAGAUGAUCGACCCGGACGUGGUGUUCUGCUGCGCAGGGUCGUCGGUGCCCAAGCUCUUCGGCGACCUCUCGCUGGCAGAGCUCGACGCAGGCAUCGACAUCAACUACAAGACGUGUCUGUACCUGCUGCACGCGCUCGUGCCCGCCAUGGUGCUCGACGCAGACCCGAGGGACGCCGGCACGGACCGCGAGAAGCACGUUGUGAUCCUGUCGUCGUCCGUGGCGUUCUACUCCUUCAUCGGGUACUCGCAGUACGCGCCGCUGAAGGCGGCGCUCAAGGCGCUCGGCGACACGCUCCGCCACGAGCUCAAGUACCACGGCAUCCGGGUCACAACCGUCUUCCCGGGCAACUUCGCCAGCGAGGGCUACGCCGAGGAGAACCUCACCAAGCCGUCGAUCACCGCCGACGUCGAGGGCAGCAGCAAGCCCAUCUCCGUCGACGACUGCGCCGACAUCGUCCUCCGCCAGCUCCACGCCGGCACCACCUACAUCCACACCGACCUCAUCGGCUGGGUGCUCAACUGCUUCAGCCUCGGCUUCGGCCCCCGCUCGUGGUGGCCGCUCCAGGUCCUGCUGGCGCUCUUCGGCGCCCUCUUUGCCCGGCUCAUCGACCUCUACCACGAGUCGCUCAUCGCCAAGUGGUACGCCGCCAGGGACGCCGCCAGAGGCGGCUCCACCGGCCCUAGCGGCCCCGGCGCCGCCCGCAAGCUCAAGUAGAACAGUAAUAAAUAAUUCGCAUUGUUCGCCCGUA